AUGAAAAUACCCCAAAAAUAUAUAGAAACUAUUGAAAAAAUCAAUAGUUAUUUGGCAUUGCUCACUCUUACCAUCCUACUGUACCUCAUCAUCUUUAAAUCUCCCCACCGUCUGGGCACCUAUAAAUAUCUAAUGACCUAUUUAUCGAUUUUUGAAAUGGUUUACGCCGGUCUAAUGAUUUUGAGCUUACCGCAAAUUUAUACAAAGGAUUCGGGCUUUUUUGUGGUUAUGAAUAGAAAUGUGACUGGAGAGAAUUUCCGGAUUUUUAACAUUUUCUAUUUUGCAAUGUUUUCCACUUCAAUGGCUAAUUUCAGUGUACAUUUUGUUUAUAGAUUUUUGGCGAUCAAGGGGUACAAGUCCUGGACCCAAUUUAGUCCCUCAAAACUAUUGAUCUAUAUUUCUUGUCCUCUAAUUGUUGGCAUAGCGGAUACGGUAGUUGUAAUCACAUUUUGGGGUGAAAAUGAGUCAACGCAGUGGUUUAUGAGGCAGGUCAUAAUGAAAAUUUCUGAAAAUUUGGAAAAUUUGAGUUUCAUUGGGUUUUGUAUUAUUGCACAAGACGAAAACUCAAUAAAGUAUAUAAAUUGGCAUAGUAUAAUUGGUAUAGCAGCUGCUUGUCUAUUAAUUACGUUUUCGAUGAUUAUCAUGUUAUAUUUUGGAAUCAAAUGCUACUCGGCUAUACGAAACUUGACCAACAUUUCUACAGUAUCCCAAAAUUAUCGAUCGAUUCAAAAUCAGUUAUUUUUUGCUUUAGUUAUUCAAACAGCCAUUCCUCUCAUCCUUAUGCACCUUCCCAGUGCCAUUAUCCUAAUUACCUGUUGUCUAGAAUGUUCUCCAGAGAUUUUAGGGCAAAUCACAGCGAUUUUUAUAUCUUUCUACCCUGUUCUGGACCCACUACCCAAUAUUUUCAUAAUCAAAGCAUACAGAAAUGCUUUUUUUAAUUUCCUGUCUUGUUGUUUCCAAAAAGUAGGCCCCGCCCCAAGUGAAUCGAGCAGUACCCUUCCCAGAAAUGUGGUUUCGAUUAUGAAACCUUGA